AAGAAAGGUCCUCACCAAGCAAUUGGCGUCUCAACGUCUCUCAAGUUUCCUCCUAUCUCGGAACAGGGCAACCCCAAAAACAGCACUUUCUGAUUCAAAAGAAUCAAAGCGCUAUCUCUGUACCCAUCUGCUUCAAAUCUCACUUGGAAAUUCCUCAGUUAGAGCAAUUCAAUACACUCUUAACAAACCCCCCCCCCCUUCCCGACGGAACAAGCGUAACAUUUUUACCACCAUUGUUGGUCUAACCCUAACUACAAUCAUCUUCUGCUACAUGGCUUCUGUGACGAACACUUUACUACUCUCUAUGCCUCAGCCACUCUGUUUCAAUACCAAUAACAACCAGUCACCACCACCUUCUCUUUUUGUUUCUAAAACCCCAAAAUCGAAAUGUUGUCGUCUUGGCUCCUCCUCCGUCCCUCGAUCACCAUACCGUUCUUCUGUUACAGUUGCCUUGUCCACUGUAGCAAACUCUGUUCCGGCGAGAAGUGGGAUUUACACAGUUGGUGAUUUUAUGACCAAGAAGGAGGGUUUAUAUGUCGUUAAAGCUAACACAACCGUUGAUGAUGCAUUGGAGGCUCUUGUAGAGAAGAGAAUAACUGGGUUUCCCGUCAUUGAUGAUGACUGGAGAUUGGUUGGUGUUGUUUCGGACUAUGACCUCCUAGCGCUCGAUUCUAUUUCAGGUGGCUGUCAAAAUGACACAAACUUGUUUCCUAAUGUUGAUAGUUCUUGGAAGACUUUUAAUGAGUUACAGAAACUGUUAAUCAAGAACAACGGCAAAGUUGUUGGUGAUUUGAUGACUCCUAAUCCUCUAGUUGUUUAUGAAACUACCAAUCUAGAGGAUGCUGUUAGGUUGCUGCUUGAAACAAAAUAUCAGCGACUCCCAGUGGUAGAUAAUGAUGGAAAGCUGGCUGGAAUCAUUACACGGGGAGACAUUGUUAGAGCUGCUCUACAGAUAAAAAAUGCUACUGAAAGGUCGGCAUGAGUUCGUGUUCCACGAUAGAUUUAAGACUUCUGAAGUCUAUAUUGAUAUAGCAGUGCUCUGUUUUUGUUCAACACAAAGCCUUUGCAGUUCAUUCUUCCAGGUGCAAUCAGAGGGAAGCUAUCAAUCUCCUGCCCUAACAGUCUUUUCUGUUACAAAUUGUAUUUUUUAUGAGGUUCAAAACUUUGAUUUCUAGUUAAAUGUUAUAUAUAGUAUAGGCUUGAUAAAUAUGAAAUCUUGUGUCUAGGCUUGGAGUGGUUUGGCAGUAGUCUAACGCAAGGUUUUUUUCAAUGUAGCAUUCUUGUUGCAAGUAAGAUUUCUUGGCGCAACAAGGCCAAUUAUUUUGACAUUUUCCCAUUA